AUGGCCAAGCCCCACCUACCACAGUCAUGCCCCACCUCCCACCACGGCCAAGCCCCACCUACCAUAGCCAAGCUCCACCUCCCACCACGGCCAAGCCCCACCUACCAUGGUCAUGCCCCACCUCCCACCACGGCCAAGCUCCACCUACCAUGGUCAUGCCCCACCUCCCACCACGGCCAUGCUCCACCUACCAUAGCCAAGCUCCACCUCCCACCACGGCCAAGCCCCACCUACCAUGGUCAUGCCCCACCUCCCACCACGGUCAAGCCCCACCUCCCACCACGGCCAAGCCCCACCUACCAUAGCCAAGCCUCACCUCCCACCACGGCCAUGCUCCACCUACCACAUCCAAGAUCCACUUUCCAUCAUGGCCAAGCCCCACCUACCACAGUCAUGCCCCACCUCCCACCACGGCCAAGCCCCACCUACCAUAGCCAAGCUCCACCUCCCACCACGGCCAAGCCCCACCUACCAUGGUCAUGCCCCACCUCCCACCACGGCCAAGCUCCACCUACCAUGGUCAUGCCCCACCUCCCACCACGGCCAUGCUCCACCUACCAUAGCCAAGCCCCACCUCCCAGCAUGGCCAAGCCCCACCUACCAUGGUCAUGCCCCACCUCCCACCAUGGCCAAGACCCACCUACCAUAGCCAAGCCCCACCUCCCACCACGGCCAAGCCCCACCUACCAUAGCCAAGCCUCACCUCCCACCAUGGCCAAGCCCCACCUACCAUAG